CGGGCCGGCGCCGCGCGCUGGGGGAAGCUGGCGGGCUGAAGAGCCCGGCUCUGCUCCUCUGCCCCCGGGGCCCGCGAGGCCGCGCGCCGCCGCCCGAGAGAUGAUGCAGGACGUGUCCAGCUCGCCAGUCUCGCCGGCCGACGACAGCCUGAGCAACAGCGAGGAGGAGCCGGACCGGCAGCAGCCGCCGAGCGGCAAGCGCGGGGGGCGCAAGCGGCGCAGCAGCCGGCGCAGCGCGGGCGGCGGCGCGGGGCCCGGCGGGGCCGCGGGCGGGGGCGUCGCAGCCGGCGAUGAGCCCGGCAGCCCGGCGCAGGGCAAGCGCGGCAAGAAGUCUGCGGGCUGCGGCGGCGGCGGCGGUGGCGGCGGCGCGGGCGGCGGCGGCGGCGGCAGCAGCAGCGGCGGCGGGAGCCCGCAGUCGUACGAGGAGCUGCAGACGCAGCGGGUCAUGGCCAAUGUGCGGGAGCGCCAGCGCACGCAGUCGCUGAACGAGGCGUUCGCCGCGCUGCGGAAGAUCAUCCCCACGCUGCCCUCGGACAAGCUGAGCAAGAUCCAGACGCUCAAGCUGGCCGCCAGGUACAUCGACUUCCUGUACCAGGUCCUGCAGAGCGACGAGCUGGACUCCAAGAUGGCAAGCUGCAGCUACGUGGCCCACGAGCGGCUCAGCUACGCCUUCUCGGUCUGGAGGAUGGAGGGGGCCUGGUCCAUGUCCGCGUCCCACUAGCAGGCGGAGCUCCCCACCCCCUCGGCAGGGCCCGGAGCCCUAGAUGUCCUUGUGUCCAGAGGAGGAGAGAAUGGACAGUCUAGAGACUCUGGAGCUGGAUAACUAAAUAAUAAAUAUCUAUGCCAAAGAUUGUCUUGGAGAUUAGAAGAGCAGAACCCAAAUUCAAAGACACAGGGCGUGGGGCGCACUUUUAAGAGAGAAAGCGAGACAGGCCCGUGGACAGUGAUGGCCAGAUGCGCAGCGGCACCAUCCUCUACAUUCUGAUAGAAGUCUGAACAGUUGUUUGUGUUCCUUUGUGUUUCUGUUUUGUUUUUGUUUUUUGGGGCUUUUUUUUUUGACGAAGAAUGUUUUUAUUUUUAUUUUUUUCAUGCAUGCAUUCUCAAGAGGUCGUGCCAAUCAGCCACUGAAAGGAAAGGCAUCGUCACGGACUUUUCUCUAUUUUAAAAUGGUAACGAUCAGAGGAAUUUUAAGAACACCUUUAGAAAUAAAAAAAAAAAUACUGGGAUCAAACUGGCCUGCAGAAACCAUAGUCAGUUAAUUCCGUUUUUCGUUCUUCCUCUGAGGGAAAAAAAAAAAACUUAAAA